UGCGUUAUUCACCCUCUCCGGGCUGAAGCAGAGGAGUGGACUGUUUUUUUGCGUCUCAUAUUUUAAAGAGAGCGAGUCGACCCACAACUGAAAAAAAGACGUUUAAGAUGUUCAGUAGGACUUUCUGGGUCUUUUCUGUGCUCUUACUCGUUGUUUCUGAAGUUUGGGGUGCUAACAUUUGCACGUCCCGAGGAGUGAACACAUGCAGGGAAUGCCUCGCGGUCCACCCCAGCUGCGGCUGGUGCUUUCAGGAGGAGUUUGGCCGUGGAACUGCAAGCUCAUCUCGCUGUGACCUCAUGGAGAAUUUACUCCAGAAGGGAUGCAGUCAGCAGUUUAUUGAAUACCCCACCAGCACCUUGAGUAAGCAGCAGGACAAGCCCCUGAGUGGAACAGGAUCCGGAGCAGGGUCCGAUGCCACGCAAAUCUCCCCCCAGAAACUGGAAAUUAACCUGCGACCUGAUGACUCCCAGAAGUUCUCGGUCCAGGUGCGGCAGGUGGAAGACUAUCCCGUGGAUCUCUACUACCUGAUGGAUCUGUCCUACUCCAUGAAGGAUGACCUGCAGAAACUCCGCACUCUGGGCAACGAUCUGGCCACCGCUAUGGGCAAACUCACCAGCAACCUGCGCAUGGGCUUCGGGGCCUUCGUGGACAAGCCGCUGUCCCCGUACAUGUUCAUCUCUCCCCAGGAGGCCAUAGCCAACCCCUGCAUAGGCAUUCAGACGACAUGUAUGCCCCAGUUCGGCUACAGGCAUGUUCUGACUCUGACAGAGCAGGUGAGCCGGUUCAAUGAGGAGGUGAAGAAGCAGGAUGUCUCUCGAAACAGGGACGCUCCCGAGGGGGGGUUCGACGCCAUCAUCCAGGCUGCUGUCUGCAAGGAGAAGAUCGGCUGGCGUCAGGGUGCUUCUCAUCUCUUGGUUUUCACCACUGAUGCCAAGACCCACGUGGCUCUGGAUGGCAGGCUGGCAGGCAUAGUGCAGCCUAACGAUGGGAAAUGCCAUGUCGGGGAAGACAAUAACUACGCAGGGUCCACCACUCUGGAUUAUCCAUCCCUGGCCCUGCUGACGGAGAAGAUGUCUGAAAAUAACAUCAACCUGAUCUUUGCUGUCACAAACCCUGUGGAGGAGCUCUACCGGAACUAUAGUGAGCUGAUCCCUGGAACUACAGUGGGGAUCCUAUCACAUGAUUCUGGCAAUGUCAUCCAGCUCAUUGUGGAUGCCUAUGCUAAAAUCCGUUCAAAGGUAGAGUUGGAGCUCCUGGAUCUCCCUGAUGAGCUGUCCCUGUCCUUCAAUGCCACCUGCAUGAAUGGAGAGGUCAUUCCGGGGCAGAAGUCCUGCUCUGGGCUGAAGAUCGGAGACACAGUGACCUUCAGUGUGGAGGCCCGCGCCAGAGGCUGCCCCAAGGAAAAAAACAGGACCUUCACCAUCAAACCAGUGGGCUUCAAAGACUCUCUGCAGAUCACAGUGAACUUCAAGUGUGAUUGCAACUGCCAGGCCCUGGCCAUGCCCGCCAGCCCGCUCUGCAAUAACGGCAACGGAACCUACGAGUGCGGGAUAUGCCAGUGUCUGCCAGGGCGCCUGGGCCCACGAUGCGAGUGCUCUGAAGGAGACUACAACCCCAGCCAGCAGGAUAAGUGCAGCCCCAAGGCUAACAGUUCCAUCUGCAGCGGGCACGGAGAGUGUAUCUGCGGCCAAUGCGUCUGCCACAACACCGACUUCGGGAAGUACUGGGGCAAGUUUUGCGAGUGUGAUGACUUCAACUGUGUGAGCUACAAGAGCAAGCUCUGUUCAGGUCAUGGGAAGUGCAGCUGUGGAGACUGCCUGUGUGAUCCAGACUGGAAGGGGGAUUACUGUAACUGCUCGACGCGCACAGACACCUGCAUGUCCAGCAUUGGGCUGCUGUGCAGCUCCAGGGGACAGUGUGUCUGUGGGACGUGUGAGUGCACCCAGCCCGGCGCCUACGGGGACACCUGCGAGAAAUGCCCUACCUGUCCUGACGUCUGCACCUUCAAGAAGGAUUGUGUGGAAUGCAGAAAUUUCCAGAGGGGCAAACUCAGUGAUGAUAAGACCUGCGCUCGAAUUUGCAGAGAUGAAAUUAUACUGGUGGAAGACCUUGGUUUGCAUGAUAAGAAUGCUAUGAACUGUACCUACAAAGAUGAAGAUGACUGUGUGGUGAGGUUCCAGUACUACGAAGAUGCCAGUGGAGCAUCAAUCCUCUAUGUGGUCAAGGAACGAGAAUGCCCGAAGGGUCCUGACAUCCUGGUGGUCCUGUUAUCGGUGGCAGGCGCUAUCCUGCUUAUCGGCCUGGCUGCCCUGCUAAUCUGGAAGCUGCUCAUCACCAUUCACGACCGCCGCGAGUUUGCCAAGUUUGAAGAGGAGCGUGCACACGCCAAGUGGGACACGGCUAAUAAUCCCCUGUAUAAAGGAGCAACCUCCACUUUCACGAAUGUGACGUACCGUGGAAACGCAGAGUGACCUCGAGGAGCGCCUGUGUACAUGGACUUGGGGGGAUUGGAAAAGUAAUUUUGAAUGUUAUCAGGAGCCAAAUUGAAAUGUAACUCAGGGUAAUCCCUCACCUGUGCAUUGUUAGUGGCAUUUGGUUUUUCAUACAAAGGGGUCGGGGAAUAGGUUGUGUUAGUAUUGUGAAUGUGGGGGGUAAAAUAGAACUUUGCUAACUUUCUUUUUUUUUUUUUUUAAAGAAUUAUUGAAAGAUGUACUUUAAAUUAUGCUGGAGGCAUGACAAUUUAACAAAAGAAACCCAGUACUGAGUGCUUAAUUUAUAGUGUAAUUGUUACAUUGCUGUACAUCACUGAUAACUCCCUAUUUUAAUAAUUAGCAACUGCAUCUCGGCUUCUGCCUUUUUCAGAUAGCAUUGCAGAAAUAGCUAGGUAGAUUGAUGUUGUUGUUUUAUAUAUAUAUAUAAAAUACACACACAGCAUCUGGGAUAGUACAUGAGAAUAAGUCAAUGUAUUUUUAACUUUUUGAAAGAUUGCAAUUGCAGAACAAUAAGAGCAGAAAAUAAAGCUUUAAAAUUCAGAGCUCCCAAAACUGCCAUUGAGCCCCCAUAUCAUAGAGCUCUUUCCUCCUGUCUGAAAUAACUCAUAUUCUAUACCAGUGACCAAAACACCAGUUUCAUAUAGUGUAAUGUAGUACAGCAUAGCUUUUUGGUCCCAGCUGUAGAAUACUAUGUUUUAGCAUUGUGUAUGUGCUUUUGAUACUAUUGUGUUCUUCCUGCAUUUUCAAAUGCUAGUUAGGACUAAUGGGUAGGUAAUGGGUAGGGCUACACAGAUUGAAAUGGUUUUGGAGUUACUGGCUUGAGCCUCUACUGGGAGAUGGGCUUGUUCUCUGAGCUUGUGUUUGCAUGUAUGUGUGGAUGUAUUUGUAAAAACGUUGCACUGAUAGAAUACAAUGAUUGGGGGGUGCCAUGGACCUCCGUCCCAGGACAGAAUCACUCUCCAGCACUCAGUUACAUGUAGAUCUGUGUUUUUAAAAUGUUGUUCAUUAUGAUUGUUUGGACAAUUUUAACUUGAGGCAACUUUCAGGUAACCUUUAUCUGGCAACUGUAGAGAAAAAAAGUUUUGAUAUAUGCUUGAAUCUUCAGUUACUAGUUGCUUUGCUAUAAAAACAGCUUGUUAUUUUAUUGUCAAAAUACCCAGUCAGUAUGUGUAAAUGGUGGAUGCUGAAAUUCUAAAUAUGACUUCCCCUGUCAGAGAAAAAAAGAUUGUCUUUGCAAAUGAUAGAACUCCCACCCCACGGACACAUCCUUACUGGGUAGGGAAGAGCUAAUUCUGUUGUAUCCAUGGUGUUAGGCAUAUGUAGCUUAAUCUAUUUAUACACAUAUUAUCUUAUGUCUAUGCCUAUUUUAGUUACAUUAUAACGCAGGAACAAAACUGCUUUGGUUUCUACUGUCAGACUUCUUCAUUUCCAUCAGCAGCAGUUUGAGAUCAAAUUGAUUUCCAUUGGGACUCUGUCAGUUCCAGUUAAGAUUGUUGGCUGGCAGGACCCAAUCUCUCAAUCCGUAUUAAUAGUGGAAGUUACCUUCUGAGCGUCCAGAGUGAAGGACUCGGUCUCUCUAACUCACACUAAUGGUGGAAGUUACCUUCUGAGCGUCCAGAGUGAAGGACUCGGUCUCUCUAACUCACACUAAUGGUGGAAGCUACCUUCUGAGCAUCCAGAGUGGGAGUCUUACUGUACUUAGUCUAUGUCAGUGAGUUAUUAGCUUGCGCUCUGUUGCUGGUUUUAAUGAGCUCAUGUUUCUCACAAUAACCAUCCGGUUAUUACGGGAAAUAUCCACUGAAUUAGCCCAUUGAAUUGCUCACCAGUUAUAUAUCAUCUGUUUAUGUGUAAUGUGCAGGAGAUGGAAUGGGCAGCAGGCCCAGUUUGAUAUUAGAACAAGAUGAGUUGAAGUUUUACUGACUGGUUUCAAGUUGCAAAUGGAAAUGUGACAUGUGUUCAAUACCCCAUAGGUCAAAGUAGUUGCACUUGGAAAAAAGUUUGUGGAAAAGAAAGUGAAAUCAAACUACAGCUCCCAGAAUUCUAUUUACUGCAGAUUUAUUUUCCAGUUUCUUCUCAAUUCCAGUGUCCACUGAAGCUAAAGGCCGCAACAACGCAGCUCUUCACUCGUAAAUAUAUAUAUAUAUAUAUAUAUAUAUAUAUAUAUAUAUAUAUAUAUAUAUAUAUAUAUAUUUUAGAAAGUGUAUCUCCAUCAGUCAAAUACCACUGAAAUAAUGUAGCUGCUGUGUACUGUAUUGUUAGAAAGAUGCUUGAAGACUUGUAAAGGAACAUGUGGGUUCACUAUAAAUAACACAGGAGUGUGUCUUGAAUAGAUCACUGUCUACUUCUUAUGAACUCAACAGGAAAUUAUGUUGUACUAUUUGCAAAUUUGUACACAUAUUAUAAAGUAUUAUGUACUGGCGAAUAUGAUCACUCUCAAAAUGCCACACUACUGAUGUCAUACAGUGGUAUUUUAUUAAUGUGAAUUAAUGACUCAACCUCAUAUUAGACAGACCGGCACAGCCUAGUCAUUAGCUGUAGAGCAGUGUAUGUUUAUGGAAAAAUUCACACUGACAUGCUGAACUGCAUUAGUCAUUUUGAUCUGUGGACACUCAUAAUGAAAAACAGGAAACAUUCCUUUCCCACUAUCUUAGCUGGUACAUCUUUCUAAUCUUUCCUGCUUUAUUUGAUACUGAACAGGACCUAAAACAUUCCAGUAAUACAUUACUGUAUCUUCAACUCAGGCAAUCCCAAUCCCGCCUGCCUUUCAUCACACUGGUGUAGAAACAUAAACUGCAAAAAUAAAGGAUCUGUUAAAGUCAUGUUUCUCACUAAAGCAGUUAGGUCAACAUCCAUCCCUCGCCCUGGCUGUACAUUUAAAAUUAUCGGUAUGAUGAAAAAGUUUAGCAUGACAAAUAUUAGCAGUGUGUACAGAAUAGUAUAGAAUAAGAAUUGGCAGUGAAAUGUUUAAUUUUCAUCCACAGCAGGGGAUAAUGAUGUUGGUUGGUGUCUAUUUGCUACAGUCUGCCAUAGCUUUGUGGACUUUAUCAGAAUGAACUGUGCUGGUUUACAUUCGGGCUUCACUGCACAGGGCAGGGAACUGUGGUCCUGGUCUGUUGAACCAUUGGAGAAGUACGUGCUUUAGGACUUGGUCAAACAGACAAGUCAUCUUUUGCAGAGUAUAGUGACUCACAACCCAUUGUAUAAAGGAUACAGUAAUGCCCAGUUGAGUCAAGGCUAUAUGAAUAGGAAAGUACUAUUUAUCAGUGCCUGUUAUCACAUUCUGAUAUAGUUUAGUUACUAUGGGCUCUAUCCUCAAAGUUUGAACUCCUGAGUUGUUUAAAGAAUAUUUUUAAAGUCUGUUUAUAUGAAUAAAACCCAGUUUGAUAAUUAUGAAACUAUUCUUUACUGCUGUUAAUAAAACUACCAAUAGUGCAGAACAGCUUCAGGAAUAUCAAACUUGGUUUUAUUCAGAACAACAGACUUUGAAAAAACAUUAUUUAAAUAACUCACAAGUUAAAAGUUUGUGAGUACAGCCUGAUUUAUUAUGCUUAUAUUAUCACCACGACAAUUUUAAUACAUUGAGAAAUUAUCACACAAACCCAACAUGUUGCCUGUUUCCCUGUGCUGUUAGAUUCCUUAACUAGUGGUGUCAGAUAGCUUCUUAGAGGACAAAGCCAUGCUUUAUAUCUUCGUAAAGGACACUGCAGCUUUCAUUUACUUUAUUCACUCUGUAUUGUGCUGUUUUCCUUGCCUUUUGGAUGUAUUUCACUGUUUUUUUGUUUUUUUGUAAAUAUUUUUUACUGUAAAAGAUUGUUAAGGGAUUCUGUUAUUUUUUGUGGACCCAAUUUAAUUAACUCUUGAAAAGGGUUUAAAUUUGAUUAAUUAUCACAUCGAUGUGUUAAUAGAAUAAAUAUAAAUAUUGUUUCUCUUUCUCAUUGUUUAUUUCAAUUAAAUUCAGUGACAAACUUUUUUUCCCAAUGACUUCUUGUCAAAACUUUUGUCAUUGAAUUCAUUACAUUUGUUUGUAUUUCUAAAUUUAGUGUAAAAGUUAAUUGAAUUGGGACCUUUGCCACUUAAAUGUUGAGGUUAUUGUAACGUUAUUAAACACUUUUUAAUGUGC